GCCACGGGUCGGGCCCCGGGCCAGCUCGUCUUGAUAAAAAAAUCUGAUAAUAAGUUAAGAGUAGACCAGAAAUAGCGUCUGCUCAGACCAAAUAAACGAUAAACCCUAACCCUAAACCCUCUAUCGCCUCUACUCACCGGCGACCACCAGUCACAGAAUUCGGAGACCACUCGAACCCCGGGAAGCUUAGGCGCCGUUUCUCCCAAAAUUCCGGCGAACACCGGCGAUCACGGCGAUCCUCGGCUUGAGUCCGCCACUCCUUAGGGUCGGCCGUACGACCUGAUUCCGGCGUUCUUCUGGCAAAUGGUGGCUCCCUAAAACUAAUUGAGAGCGAAGAUGGCUAGAUGGGAUGAGAUUCUCUCCCUGCCAGUGCAGAGCCCUCCAACCUUGGAGUUUGGUGCUACUGACCUCGUGUGGUCACGGGUCGAAGGCUGGCGUGACAAUAUAGACAGGCUCGCCUUGAUCCCUUUCGCCAGGGUGGACGAUUUCGUCAGGGGUGAAUCUAACAACAAAGAAUGCCCCACAAGAUUCCAUGUCGAGGCAAGGCGACGGCGUCCUCCGAAGAUGCCCUUCAAACCCAAAGUCGAUGGCAUACUCGAAUAUAUCCUGUACUGGUGUUCCUUCGGCCCGGACGACCACAGAAAAGGGGGCAUCGUACGUCCCAGCCGCACAACCUACGUGCCGAAAAAGAAGCCCGCGGGCCGGCCCAACACAAAGAGGGGCUGCACGUGCCACUUCAUCGUGAAGCGCCUGAUUGCUGACCCCUCGGUGGCCCUCGUCAUAUACAAUCAGGACAAGCACGUGGACAAGAAGGGCCUGCCAUGUCAUGGGCCCCUUGAUGAGAAAGCCGCCGGGACCCGCGCCAUGUAUGCCCCCUACAUCUCAGAAGAGCUUCGCCUUCGUGUACUGUCCCUUCUUCACGUGGGGGUCUCGGUCGAAACCAUCAUGCAGAGGCACAACGAGUCGGUCGAAAAGCAAGGGGGUCCGUGCAAUAGGGAUGACCUAUUGACACACAGAUAUGUCCGUAGGCAGGAGAGAAGCAUAAGACGGUCUUCGUAUGAGCUGGAUGAAGACGAUGAGUAUCCUGUUCAUAGCCUUGUUGUGUUCAACUCGGACAACAAGGCUAUCCCGGUGGCUUGGGUAAUUACAACUAGGUUUGCAAGCAGAGAUACACACAGGUGGAUGCGGGCCCUCUACAAUAGAGUUUGUGCAAAGGACCCAACUUGGAAAUUGGCCGGAUUUGUUGUGGAUGAGCCUUCAGCUGAUAUCCUGGCUAUCAGGGAAGUGUUUGAGUGCUCAGUACUGAUAUGCUUUUGGAGAGUUCGUCAUUCGUGGCAUAAGAAUUUGAUGAAGAGAGUCUCAGAUGCUGAAAAACGUGCAGAGAUAGCCAAACAACUCGGUGAUGCUGUCCAAACAACCUGUAAAGGAGCUGGCACGGCCAACGCAUUCGAAGAUUUCAUUGUGGAAUUUGUAGAUGCUGCAGAGUUCAUGGACUACUUCAAGGCAAUUUGGUAUCCGAGGAUAGGUACGUGGACACGAGCUCUCAAAACUCUUCCCUUUGCUAGCCAAGAAACUUGUGCUGCCAUGGAGUUUUAUCACAAGCAGCUCAAGAUUCGGCUCACCAACGAAAAAGACAAAAGCGUGUAUAGACGUGCGGAUUGGCUCGUGAACAAGUUAUUCAACAAAGUUCACUCUUAUUUCUGGCUCGACGAGUACUCACAGAAAGAGGAUUACGAACGGUACAGGAAAGAUGAGUGGAUGAGCGGCCCCACUGCCUGGGGUAAGUCGUUAACUAUUCCAGAUUCUUGCGUAACAAUGGAGAGCAAAUACGCUAAAGUUACUACUGAGCAGAAUCAGGAAAAUACAGUGCAUUUAGUUCGAAACCCUGGUUCGGAGUACGCAAUCUGCGACUGUGAGUGGUCCGAAAACGGGAAUUUGUGCGAGCACGUUUUCAAAGUAAUCAAAUUUUGUCGUGAAAAUCGAUUCAGUUCUCCAUCCUUGAGUAUGUUCCAGUAUGGGCAGUCCUUGAUUAAUAUGCUGCACUCUACUCCGUUCGAUUCUUUAGUCCGUGAUCAUGCGGUUACUUUAGCUGUUUGGGUACAGACGCAAUUGAAAAGGCCAAUCAGUGGAGAAAAUGGAAAUGCUUUGGGUGAUGAUGCUCACGAGCCAUCUGUCGAUAAUCAGUUUAUUGCUAAACGUAAGCGUGCAGACUGUGAAGAAGCAGAGGAUAAUAAUGAUCACAGAUGUGUCGAGAUUCCCGGGGCUGACGUGGAAGUUGACUCAUCAUCGACAAACGAGAAUAUUUCAGCUACAGACGAUCAAUUGAAGAAUCGGGAAAAGGGGGAAUGUGAAACUGACGGUGGUAAAAAUUAAAAAUUACGGUUGUGUCGGUGAUGAUGUGGCCUCAUCAGGUAAAAAGGGUCAAUGAUGAUUUUGCUAGAGUUGAUAAAUCCAUGAAGCUCGGGUUUUUGUUGAACGAAACACGUUUAAUGGAUGAAAAGGCUACACGUGGCACCAAAAGACCAUUUUGGAGCUAAUUGACACGUCAUCAAUUUGGGUGAGGUUAUAACGUUGAUCCCUACAAAUUUGGUGAGCUUAACUUGGCAAUGAAGAAGAUGGGUUUUAAUAACCCAACCUAGUUGGAGGGCAACUCAAAUGUUGUACUUUUAGCAAUUUGGUGAGCUUAAAUUGGCGAUGAAGAUGGGUUUAAUAAACCUGAAAGGAUCAACUAACUUAGUUGGAGAGUAUCUCAAAAGUUUGCAUAUUUCAGGGGUAUCGAUUGUCAGUUGGGAAUUUAGCAAAAGUUGAAGGCUGCAGCUAGUUUUGAUGGUUCGUGUUUAAGCUUGGAAAGAAGCUGAAAUGGUUGCACUUUUUGUAGAAAUUCGAUGUGAUGUAUACAACCCUUUUCUAGAACCUUCUCGGCAAGAGGUGUAGAUGAAGUUGGUGAGCUUUGUGAAGGGCCUUUCCGCACGGUUAGGAGAGCACUGAAUUAGAAUGAGAGGUUAGUUUUGUCAAUGAGAUGCCGAAAAACUUGUCUUUAUUUUGUUAUUCAGUUAUUGUACUUUAGCUGCCAAUGACUCAAAAAAUGGUACCCACUCAUAGCUUAAACCAUUCAUAACAAAACGACCCGCAAAUCACGAGGCAACGAUUGAUAAUGGAUCUGUGUAAUUGAAAGGAACAAGUAUUGUGUUUGAUCUGCUGAUCAAAAAGAAAUUUGCAACAAUAUUUUGUUUCUAAAGUUCAUUCGUUGCCUGUGUGCUUGUGUGAUUCUUCUUUUUUUAGAAAAAAGAACAACUGAAUGUAUAUGCCUGUGAUUGCUUUUUAUUGAAUUAUUGUGUGAGUCAUCUUUUAUUCCAUGUCUCUGAUUUUU